AUGCCAUCUGCGUACAAAGUAGUACUCCUUGGUGAGGGGCGUGUGGGCAAGACAUCGCUCAUCUCCCGCUUCAUCCAUGACGCCUUCGACGCGGAUCAGAGCAGCACCGUCCAGGCAAGCAUGUACACUUGCGCCAGCGUGCCGCUUCUUCAUGGUAACGGUGCGAAAGUGGCGCUGAACAUCUGGGACACCGCCGGGCAGGAGCGCUUCCACGCGCUUGGGCCCAUUUAUUACCGCAACGCCAACGGGGCGUUGCUCGUAUACGACAUCACCGACGGCGACACGCUCGAGAAGGUACGGCAGUGGAUCAAGGAGCUCCGCGCGGUGGUUGGGGACCAGAUUCGGCUCGUUAUCUGCGGCAACAAGACGGACCGUGAGGAGGAGCGCGACGUCACGGAGGAGGCGGCUCAGGCGUUCGCCAAGGCCCACGGCGCGCUGCACUUCUCGACAAGCGCCAAAACAGGAGCGAAUGUGGCAGAGGUGUUCCAAGCCAUGGCGACGGCAAUAGCGCAGGCAAACGGAAUAGUGGCUGGUGGCGGCAGCAACAGCAGCGGUGGUGGGAGUAGUGGCAUUGGUGCGGCUUCUGGUGUGGGCGGUGCCCCCGGGAGACUCAAGCGGCGUGGGCAGCUGCGCAUUGAGAGCGAGCUUCCAGAGGAAGAGGCAAACAAUGAAAACUCAACAACAGCAGUGAGAGGAGGAGGAGGAGGAACGGCCGAGUACGGUAGUGGUGCCCCUCUGCGAGACGGGGCGAGCGGCGCCAGGGUGCUUCUGAAGGAGGACUAUUUGUACAGUGACAGCCUGCGGACGCCCGGGCGGAAGGCGGCGGGGGCGGUGGAUCUACGGGCACCACGACGGCCCGUGGCACAAAAGCCGUCGGAUUCGAGUAGGCAGUCUAGCUGCUGUGCCUGA